GCUUAUUUUCAACAGGAACUAGAAACCAGUGAACAAAGGAGAGUUGGGGACCUAUAGGAAAGGUGCAACACACAUAAUAUAGCAACACGAACACACACACACACACACACACGCACAGCAGGUUGAACACUGGCACAGAGAGGAGGCGGUGAGUCGCAUCCUUUGGGUCUAGAGAGGAGGGGAGACAGUCUGCUGCAUAUUAAACAUGAGGGUUUGUAGUGAGGCAUGAAGACCGUAUACCCACAGUAGGAGAGAUGUCACGCACACAUCAGGAUUUUCCCUCCAUUUUUGUUGCGGGAUGACCUGUCAGAUAUACGUGCGUGUCGGUCCACAUCAGGAGCAGCGUACGGUGUGUCUUUACUCAGAAGAAAUAGCGCCUCACCAUAAAGUGAUCAUGUCUCCUCUCCUCUCCUCUCAGAUUUGAUUCUCCUCCGCAGGUCGCACCUCCUCGCGUUGUUUCCUCUGAUUGAAUGGCUGUCAUGACUUGUGCCCUCAGGACCGUGAAGCUACGAAAGCAGAAGGAAACCGCUCGUUUGGUGUUUAUCCAUCCUGCCACCCUCUCAGAGUAAUAAUCACACGGCGGUAACUGGACACUGAUGGCAUAUAUGUGAAAAUCUACAGAUGAGAAAAAUGGAAACCCUUUCAGAAGAUCAACUCACAAGGUAAGAUCAUUUACGGGUUAAAUUUACAGGGAUGCAGCACGUCAGUGGCGUAAUAAGCUUGUCACUGUGAUCUUAGCAAAUCUUGAUCCACAUCAUCAUGAUGUUUUUAUGUUAAAUAUGCUCAUUCAUUAACUGAUGUAAACAUGUCCAACAUAAAGGAUCCUUUACCCACAUCUGAACAUCUGCCCAGUUCAUGUUAGAAUAGAAAGGAGGCUGAAACUCAGGGGCGACUGAAAUGCUUUUCCAUCAGUGGCCUACACAAACAGCUGCAGUGCCUUUGCAUACAUUUUUUAAAAAAUAGUUAUGAUCCACCAUGUCACAUUAUUAAUUCACUCUCAGGACUUGGUAGCAUUAAGGUCGUGCUAUAGUCACAUGUUGAGUGCACUCUGUUUGAAUCAAUGCUUAGUUAUGAUGUCUCUGAGCUACAGAAAUAUAUGAAUAAUAGAAUCCCUAAUUAUAGUCCACCAAUUUCGCUCGCGGCUAUACUACUGCUAUUUAAUUCAUUGUUUGUUUUUUUUCUGGUUUAGCCUUUCGAAACACAAAACUUUUCAGUGUUGAAUAAUCUGUUCAAGGGCCAGCUAGCUUUAAGUCUACCACUCACAGAACCUUUCCUGCUAUUUGUAAUCUAAAGAAGUAGCGCCGAGCUGUGAUGAAUUCCCCACAGCUUCUUGAUGGAUUACACACCCCAUCUCAGGCAGGACACUACACUGUACCAUCAGUGAUAGAUAUCCAGAGACACCGGAGAACAGAUCAAGGGAAGUACAACGAGUCCACUUGUGCGUAUGUAAAACUCACGGCUGUUAUUUAAUGUCUUUUUCAGACAUUUCCUGGCUGUGAAUUUAUUCAAUCAUUGCCAUGGGGAAGAGUUUGGACCAAAUCACAGGGAGAUUUGAUCACACCGAGGAAAACACAACAAGAGUCUCUAGAGGUGAAGACAUGGUCAUCACUGACAGAAGCACCCCUUUACCCAAAAAGGAGCCCCAGUUGAAGACGAGGGGCAAGUCCCGUCCUCAUGGCCUGCCCUCUCCAGCGCUCUGCUGUGCCUGUGGCCUCUGCAUCAUGCUGGCCGGACUCAACAUCACCCUGGUUGGGGCGUUCGCCUUCAGUACGCUGGUGCCUUCAGCCAACCCCCCCAUCAUCAUUGGACCUAUCCUACUGCUGGUGGCCUUCUCCUUUUUUGGGGCUUGUUGCGUCUGCAGUCGCCUCCCCCCGCCCCACAGCUCGAGGAGGUCAAAGUUGGGUGGCAGGGGCACAGGGCUGAUGGGACAUGGCGGGUUGGCAGGUGGGGCGGCGUUUGAAAUUGAGACCAGUGAGCACACCCUGCAGGACACCACAGCUGUGCAGCUCAGCCCCACCUCUUCCCGUGGAUCCUCUCAGGCGUCCAGCCCAGAAAAAGAGGUCCCUGACGAGGCCCUACCAGGACCCUGCAAGCUGUUCACCAUGGAGACCAAUGGCCCUUCUUCUGUUUCCGCCACAGCCGUCUACUCAACCUCCACAGCAGCAGGUGGAGGGGAGGUGAGGCUCAACCUGCCACGUGAAGAAGUGGUCACCUAGCAGCACAGAGACUCUUCCAAGGCCGGAGCGCUGACAGUGUACAUAGUCUCCUAGAUCGAGGGCUUGCUGAGUGUGAUCGUGUCCUCUAGUUUAUAUGGUGCCAUAUUCCUGGUCGUGAACAGUCUGCUUUUGAUUUCCCUGCCGUGCAGCAAACUGGCUAUUAGCAUGCAGUGUUAACGAAACAAUUGAGUAUUUGUGGGUCAUGAGUUUUGGAAUUCAAAUUCCUACCUCUCCUGUGCUGUUUUCCUACACGUCUAUGUUUCAACUUCGGGCAUUAUAAACAGCUCUCAUGUACAGAAACGUUUCUAUUUUAAUGUUUCUCUGGUUUGUAGAAACCUCGCCUGUCUGCCGUGGGAUCCCUGAGGGCUUGUCUGAAACAAACCAUUUUUGAUUUGUUCUUUGGAGCUGAAGAUUAGAUGAGAAAAGGGAACAAUGAGAACCUGAGUUGAAUGGUUCAGUUAGGGUUUUGGUGACAUUUGGCAUUUUGUGUGACAUAUGCAGUCCUGAAUUUGUCUUGAGGGCAUCAAAUAUCACAGGUCACAGGGGUCCCAAAGCAAUAUUCUCUUCACCUGAGUUUCAGUUCUUUGGCAUUUACAAUUCUUUCCACUAGUAAUUCAGCAGCACUCAUAUACAACCGUUAGUAUGAACAGUUGUGCACCUAGAGUAGUGUAACUGUAUAUACACGUUUUAGUUUUGAUGAAGUACCACUCUCAUAGUGUGACAGCUUUUGUCAUCAAACUUCAAAUUGACAAUGAGUUUUUGUAAUUAUCUGAAAAGAUAGUCCAAACUCCAACAGUCACAGUUUACCUGUGUCUUUAAAAUCAGACGAAUAUGUUUUUUCAGUUCCUCUCAUUUACAGACAGAUUUUAUCCUGCUCUGAUUCAGGGCGUGCCAAUCACAACCAUCCAUCCUAUACAGGGCCGGUUUCAGCACUGUUUAGAUAUUUUGUGAUGAGUAACGUGUCAAAUCUGCUAUCACUGCUAAGGAUUCAAUAAGGCCGUUAAAUUCUGCAAUGGUUAGGGUCGCCUUUGAAAUCAUGUAAUACUGAACAUCAGUUUUGUUCUCGAUAUGAAGCCAUAAGAGUUGGUUGCUGGGACUAGCCUCCUUGUCCAGCAGCCCAGCUGCAUGAAUGUUUUAAUGCUGUUUGUUUGUAGUGACCAAAGGUAUUUUGGUUGCACCCUUCAGAUAGUUCCCCUCGGAAACAGAAGAGGGACUACAGAGUUUCAGUUUCCCACCACUGUCAGGCUUUAUUUUAAGGUCACGCUCAUGCUGGAUUUAUCAGUAGUUCAUAUACUCUGUGAUGCAGUUUGGGUCCAGAUGGACUCCAGGAUUUACCUCACUGUAAGGCAAAAAAUGUCAUAAUGAUAAUUUUCUCACCAUAAAUUCAAAUGUGCAGUGGAUCAUCGCACUGAGAGGGUUUGUUUCACUAACUUCAACAUCUAUUGAAUUCUCAUUUGAGUGUAUACGACAAACUUAAUCUUCAGCAAAAAUGAACCUCGACAACACUUAGUUCACACAACACUGAAAAGCCAAGAAGUCUGACGGAGUUCAAUAUUCAGAUUGCAUAAAAAACUACCUGCUCCCCAUCACUGUGAUGUCUCUUUGUCAGUCACAAAGCUGACUGGUCAACAGACAUUUUUUUCCAACCCUGAUUUCCUUUUAAAGGAAAGAUGCCUUAGACUGAGAUAUCAGGAUUAAACUAAUGAGGGCUACAGUUAAAGUGCACAACAGCAUUUUAUUUCUAGAAAGCCUUCGUUGGCUCUGAAUUUCUACACUUAGUUGUUAGGACAACAUCACCCAGUUUCAGUUUUUUGUGAAUGUGACUAAAGCAUCAAAUGGUUAAAAUGUCCCAUUUCAGGAAUGUAUGUGUAUGGAGUCGUGUUGAGAGUUCGCACCUGCACAGGAACACAGUCCACUGACCACAUCAGUAAUAACCUUUGUUACUUGUGACUCAACUUAUAAAAGGGACCAGUUUUCAUGUCACCUCUCUCUCUCUCUCUCUCUCUCUCUCUCUCUCUCUCUCUCUCUCUCUCUCUCUCUCUCUCUCUCUCUCUCUCUCUCAUGCCAAAUCAAAGUGUUGAGUGCAUUUUUGCAUGUUCAGGGCCGCGGAAAUGCAACCAUCCUGUAUUUAAGUGUUGGUGUUAGAUGUGAAUUUUGAUUUUGUGUAGCACUUGUAAGAAAGGAAUUCAGAAGAUGUAAAGUCUCAAAUAUUUUUGUGAAGAUUAUAAUUUCUUUAUUUUGAAAGUACCCUAUUAAAAUGUGAAUCCUUUAGGAGAUGAGAAAAUAAAAUGGCUCUUUCAAUAGAGGUCGCUCAUUA